UUUUCUUCUCACCAUGGCUGUGUCGGGGACAUUUCUUUUUGAAGAGAAUCUUGGCUGUGCCAUCUGUUUGGAAUUGUUCUCAGAUCCUGUUACAAUUCCCUGUGGGCAUAACUUCUGUAUGAACUGCAUCAAGAACUACUGGGAUAAAGAGAAUUCCCACACCUGCCCUGAAUGUCAGGUGAGCUUUCUUCACAAGCCUCCCCUUUGCAAGAACAUUGCCCUGUGUGAGGUGGUGGAAAAGAUUUCCAAACCAGAGAAGGUAGCUUCUCAAGAGACUUGCGUUGACCCAGAUGAUGCUGUGUGUGAUUUUUGUGUUAAACUGAAGAUUAAGGCUAUUAAGUCUUGUUUAGAUUGCAAGGCAUCAUUCUGUGAUAAUCACAUCAGGCCUCAUCAGGUAAAUGCUGCGUUGCGCCACCACAAGCUGGUAGAUGCCAUCAAAAACACGGAGAACCAAGAAUGCAAGAGACACAAUAGACCACUGGAACUGUUCUGCAGAAACGAUGAGAUUUUUAUCUGUUGUAUUUGUAUAGUUCAAGAACACAGCGAGCACAUGGUCGUAACUGCGGAGCAGGAGAGAGUAAGGCAGCAGGAAAAGCUGUUAGGUAUAGAGAAAACAUUGAUAAACCUUGUAAAAAUAACUGAAAAUGAGAUUGGAGACUUGCGGAAGCAAACCGAGUCAAUUAAAAACACAGCAGUCACAGUGCAAAAUGACAUCGCUGCCAAGUUCAAGGAAUUGCUCCAAAACAUUGUAAAAGCAAAUACUACUGUAGCUCAAGUAAUAGAGAAAGAGAAAGAAGCAGUGCUGACUAAAACUGAAGAAGCUAUUGUCAAAAAAGAACAUAAAUGUGAUGUGUUGAGAAAGGAGAAACUUCAGCUAAAACAACUUUCAAGUAUUAAUGACAAUUUCAAAUUCCUGCAGGAGAUUAAAGCUUUAAACAAUGAGCAUGAAAAGACUUCAUCACAAGCCAUCUGUGACUUGAGUUUCAGUUUGGUCGGUUUAAGACAGGUUGUAGUUAAACUCAAGGAUCAACUGGAGAGUAAAUGCAAUGAAAUUAUUGAAAACCUAGGCACUGAAGUGACAGGAUUGGGGCAGCUUUGGCCAAGGCCACCAGAAUCAAAGUCUCGGAAGGAGCUUCUCAUGCACUUCCGUCAAUUAACGUUUGACUCAAAGACAGCGCACAAGUGCCUUUCCCUGACCAAGGGGAACCGUAAAGUGACAAACCUCUGGCCAGAGGAAGUUUAUGAUGUUGAUCACUCUGAGCGGUUUGACUGUUGCUGGCAAGUAUUGUGUUCAGAGAAGUUGGAUAAAGGUUCCCAUUAUUGGGAAGUUAAAAUCAGUGAAGGGAGCUGUGUCGGCGUGACAUAUAAAAGCAUAAAAAGAAAAGGACAAGACAACUCGUGUUUCAUCGGGAAGAAUGACCAUUCUUGGGGUAUUCAGGUAUACAGUACUCAUUGCUCAGUAUGGCACGAUGGUACAGAAGUUAAAACAAAGUCAGAGAAAUAUGAACAAAUUGGUGUGUACUUAAACUAUUCUGAUGGAAAUCUCUCAUUUUAUGCUAUCACUGACAAAGUUACAUUAAUAUACAAAUUCCAGGCUGUGUUCACAGAGCCAUUGUAUCCAGCUUUUAGACUUAUAAAUAGUCAGUCGUUUUGCUACAUUUCUGAUGAACUGGGCAAUGGAUUAUUUUAGUUAGGCACAGGGGAACAUUUCAACAUCAAAAUAAGACAUUCACUCAUUACAGUUGGAUAAAGAUGCAUUUUUACCAAGUUAUGGACUUCAUCAGAGGUUAAUCUGGUGAUGCAGCAGGUGCUAGGCAGACGUAAGUGAUUCCACAAUCAAUGGAUUUGUUCUAAAUUCUCAUGUCCUGCCACAUCCAGUGGUCAAUAGACAAUGAUCAUUGACAAUUAAACAAUUCAGUGGAAGAGGAGGCUCCAGGAAUAUCCCCAGAUUCAAUUGUGGAGGAGUCCAGCACAUUAGUAAAAACAAGAUAAGGCUGUAGCAUUUUCAAUAUUCUUCAGUUAGUGGUAUCAACUUCACAGCUGCUACUCUUCAGCCAAUUCAAUUCACUCCACAUCAUGUGGAGGGCUGGAAGCUCUGGAUACUGAAGAGGCUUUGGGCCCCAACAACAUUCGGGGAAUAAUACUGAAGACAUGUGCUCCAGAACUAGCUGUGUAACUAACCAAGUUGUCUUUUCUUAGUACAGUUACAUUAUUAACAUCUUCCUGGCUACAUAGAAAAUUCUCCACGGUUGAUAUUUUUUUAAAGUGUUCAAGAUACCAGCGUAUGUAAUUUCAAAAACAUCUGAUAUACUUGCAUCUAAAAUAAACCUUUUGAAAGGGAUAGCAAGAACUGCGAUGCUGGAGCCAGCGUUAACUCAGUAUGGAGCUGGAGGAACACAGCAGGCCAGGCAACAUCAGAGGAGCAGGAAAAUUGACUUUUCGGGCUCACAUUUCCUCCCCUCAAUAUUUGGUUAUGAGGACUGAGCUGCCACGUAUCAUGUGGAGUAAGACAGUGAGUCACAGGAGUUACUGUCUGCAGGAUUUUGCAGAGAGUGAAAAUUUGUAUUAAUUUGUUCCUCAUCAAGUGUUGUAUUAACAGUACUUGUCUUCAAGUUGCUGUGCUAGUAUUCCAGAUUGUGAUGGUCUUACUUAAA